AUGGCGAGAGUUAUUCGAGCUAUUUUGGGUGUAAAACGGGUCAAGCGUGUGAAGCAGCCAUCAACGGUGCCUCAGGUUGUGGGUAGUCAAGCUGGGGCUAGUCAAGGUGGUUCUAAUGUUGGUACUAGUGAGGGUGGACAAACACUUCAGCAAAUGGUUGAAAAGUUGGUGGCCUGA